GGCUGAAGCAAAAAAAAACGAUAAGCCUAAGCUACUUUGGAGUUGGCGUACCAUAAGAGGACAAUUUUCAUGCAUGGAAUUGACCGCCCAAUUCCAAAGACCCUAAAACAAAAUCUAACAUUGGAAUCAUCAUCGGCUCUUUAUGAAACUCCCCGGCCAGCUUCUGACUUGUCUAUACAAGUUCUCUAUUUAUAUGAACAACUUUGAGUUAAUUUCUUCAUCCAUUCACUUCGUUUAAUCUUGGUAAAACGAUAUAGCUCUCAUUAAUUUGAGGUUACAUUUUCUAUUCUAAUUAGUCAAAAUGGCUGCUUUUGCUUCAAUCUCAGUUUGCCCAUUGGCCACCUUUGCUACAAUUCCCAGAGCCGGAGGAUCUAUUUCUCAGCACAAAAGCUUCACUACCAUUGGAGGUCCUGUGUUUAACGGAUUAAAGCUUAUUCCAAAGAUCCAAUUCUCAAAGGAGACAAACAAGUUUUCUACUCGAUCUAGCUGCUUUAAGACUUCAAUUUCAUGCUCUCUUGCUCAACCUGAGACAUUGAAAACCGUCCAAAACACCAUUGCUAAGCAGUUGUCAAUUGAUGUGAGCGCGGUGACUCCUGAAACCAAGUUUGCUGAUCUAGGUGCUGAUUCCCUUGACACGGUGGAGAUAAUGAUGGCCUUGGAGGAACAAUUUGGAGUUUCAGUUGGAGAAGGUGGAGCUGAGAACAUUGCAACCGUCCAAGACGCUGCAGACUUGAUUGAGAAAGUGAAAGCUGCUGCAUAAGAAACUUGGAGCACAUCACUUGCGCUACAGAAUUAAAAUAACUUCUUUUUAGUUGUUUCAUAAAAUGCCACCAAAGAGAAAUUACAGUGAUCAAAAUUUUACUACAAGUUGGCAUUUUUUUUCCUUUUCCUUAACCUAGAGGGCAAUUUUUGUUGUGGGUUGGUCUUAAAUUGUAGCCUGUCACCUGUCUCUUGGUUCUUCCCGUCCCAUGCAAGCAAGAAAAACUAAAAUAACAUCAAUAAAUGCACGAAUCAACUUGAUCUUUGAUUUUAGAUAUGCCACUUAUAGCUUAGUCCAGCGGGAAUCUGGAUACAAUAUGUGGGAAAUAAAUCUGGCUGAGAUUGAUACUAGAAACAAAUAAACAGAUCGUUAUCUAAGCAGCAAAGAUAAGAUCUUGUUCACCAAGUCCAUCC